CAGAGCGCUUCCACAGUACGUUGGUUGAAAAAAAGUCAACACGCGAUUUUGGACGUAUCUUCACAAGUGUCUGUGUUGAGGCUGGGGUCGAGUUGAAUAAUGUGCAUCAACAGGUGUUUAGGGAGUUCAAUUUUCCCCUCGUAUACUCUGAAGAUCAACCAUGGAAGAUGAGCUACCGCCUGAAUAGAGUCGUGGGGAGAUAAAAAGCAAACCAAACAAGCAGCCUUUUCCCGGAGAAAAAGAAGGGUCUAGUAGCAGUUUGAUUGACGUCGACCUGCGUUCUUCCGACUCCGCCCCCCCUCACCCCGCCACUGGACGCCAUGUCGGUCUUGGCCAAGCCGGAGAGGACCAUUUGCGUCCUCCUCCCCAACAAAGAGCAGCUGGACGUCCCCAUGGGGCUCAAGUCCACCGGCCUGGACGUCUUCAAUCACGUGGCCGCGCUGCUGGGGAUCAAAGAGCUGCACUUCUUCGGGCUCACCGUGGUCAAAGACAAUGAGCACAUCUUCCUGGACAUGGAGGAAAAACUGACAAAAUACUUCCCCAAAGAAUCCAAGCCGGAUUCACCCAAGGGGCUGCCGAAGAGGCCACUCCCCCUGGUGCUCUUCCUCAAGGUGCAGUACUACGUGGAGAACGGCCGCCUCAUCUGUGAGCGUAAGGCCCGGCACCUCUACUACUCGGACCUGCGGGAGCGGGUGCUACGCUCCGAGUGCCGGCAGCAGGAGGAGGUCUACUUCCAGCUGGCGGGCUACGCCCUGCAGGCCGACCUGGGGGACCACCCCCCUCUGGAGGAGGUGGAGCAGGGGGCCGGCCCCCGCUUCCAGCCCAAGGACUUCUUCCCUCCCUGGAUCGUGGCCAAGCGCGGGGUCCACUACCUGCUGUGCCACGGGCCCAAGGUGCACCGCGAGCUGUCGGGCAUGUCGGCGCGGGACGCCAUCUUGCUCUUCAUCAAGGAGUCGUGCCGGCUGGAGGACGUUCCCGUCACCUACUACCGGCUGCAAAAGGACAAGAAGGAGGACCGAGGAACAGCCCUACUGGGGUUGACUCUGCGAGGAAUGCAGGUUUAUCAGGAGAUGAACAACCUCCGUCAGCUGCUGUACGACUUCCCCUGGUGCAACGUCGGGCGGCUCACCUUCUUGGGCAAGAGGUUUGAGAUCCAGCCCGAUGGCCUGCCGUCCGCCAGGAAGCUGGUGUACUACACGGGCUCUCCGUUCCGCUCGCGCCACCUCCUGCUGCACCUGAGCAGCUGCCACCGGCUCUACCUCAGCCUGCAGCCCGCCCUGAAGCACCUCCGCCAGCUGGAGGACACGGAAGACCAGAAGCGCUACCGGGAGUUGUACAUCAGCGACGACCUGGACGCGGACCCCCAGGGCUGCUGCUGCUCGGAGGGGAGCCCCCGCCUCUCGCGCCAGUCCACCUGCAGCUCGGGCAUCGAGGUGGACGCCCGGCACCACGGCAACGUCUCCAUGGAGAUGGCCUCCUCCGUGGGGACCGCCGUCUCCGCCGAAGGGGGCUCGGGCGGCGGGCGGCGGCGGGCGGAGAAGUGCUUCAGCUCCGCCGCCAGCCACGGCUCCUCCCACACCUCCGGGGUGGACGUGGGCGGAGUCAAUGCCCCCGCGCCGGACGACGAGGACGACGAGGACUCGGGGGAUGAGGUGGUGGAGUUCGACUCGGACGAGGUUCUGAAGGACGAGUUGAAGAGAAGCAGAACAGAAGAGACUCUGGUCGACGAGCACGUGGACAUGUUUCACCUGGCUGAUCUUCUCCAGGGCAUAUCGGUGGACUUUUCCCCCGUCAAAGACAACGACCAUCUCCAGGGUGAAGGAACUCCCUCCAACCACGACGACAACCACACGGUUCAGCUGCGCAACCACAACCUAGCAAAGGUGCUGCAGUCCAGGGCCCCCGUCUGCGUGGACCGCCAGAGCCAGAGUCUAGACGACGUGCGUCUGUUCCCGCCGCCCGCCCUGCUCCUCCCGGACUCCUCCCUCAGCUACACCUUCGGGCUGCCGGCCCCCCAGGACAACCCCAAGGGCCCGUCCUCGGCGGACCCCCGCGGGUACUGCCCCCCCGGGUACUACCCCCCGGGGCACUGCCCGGCCAAGCCCUCCUUCUACGGGCGCAGGGCGCCCAACUUCCUCUCCCUGGACCGGCUGGGGGAGGAGCAGCUGCUGGAGUUUAUACUUUAAACGGACGGACGGACGGACGGACGGACGGACGGACGGACGGACGGACGGACGGACGGACGGACGGACGGACGGACGGACGGACGGAGGCAGGGAUGUGUGUGCGUGUGACGACGUUGUUGUUGUUGUUGUUGUUGUUUUUUUAUCCAUGUCUUCCACCUCGGAGGCGACGCACCAUUGUGACGUCUUCAUGGCAUGAUGGUGACGGGGGAGUGUGUGUGUGUGUGUGUGUGUGUGUGUGUGUGUGUGUGUGUGUGUGUGUGUGUGUGUGUGUGUGUGUGUGUGUGUGUGUGUGUGUGUGUGUGUGUGUGUGUGUGUGUGUGUGUGUGUGUGUGUGUGUGUGUGUGUGUGUAAUAUU